AUGCUUACCAGGGCACUCUUAUCACUGGGAUUAAUUUGUUUACUGCAUCUUGUGCGUGACAAACGCGUUUAUCGUCAUGCUGUUAACAAUGAUGGUUUGACACCAUAUGAACUUGGUAGAAAACAAUCCACAAUAGCGGUACAGCGAUAUGAAGGAACAGAUGGAACGUUUGCUGAGGAGCGACAGCACUUUGAUUCAAAUAACAGGGUGGAAGGGACCGAGGACAAACCAGCUGAUCAAAACAAGCAAGACACGAAAAAGGCAUCACUAAAAGAUUACGAACGGCGAGAUAUUUAUGGAGCGAUGAUGACAUUAUCGAUCCUAUACUCCUAUGCUUGUCCUAGGGAAUCAUUACGUGACCAUUUCACUGGUACUCGACCCAUGCAACCAAGGAAAAAGGAAACAAAAACAAGGAUAGGGAAUCUUCUUGUGGUAGCAGUGCUUGUUACUGGUAGCAGUGCUUGUUACUGGUGUGACCUUUGGGGGAGCCAUUCAAUUGCCACAAUUAAGGGUCCUGCUGGUUAUGAGAGGCUUCUGUAUGCUUAUUUAUCUUGCGAUGUUUGGGCUUUAUGUCUCUCUCUGGUGGCAGCUCUAAUCCUUCUUAGGGCAAACUUUACUGAUGCCAAAUUUGGAAUCUUUGCGGUUGGAUUUUCAGUCGUCAUCGUUAGUUUGGCUAUUCUCAAGAUGUUCCAGGCAUUCAUUUAUGCUGUGACUAUAGCAUUACUAGGAUCCGAUGAUGCGUGGUCAAAAAUCAUCAUUACACUGGAGGUCUUUAUGGGUUUGUGUACUCUGGUUUUCAUUGUUAUUCCUUGGAUUCUUCCGUCAGGGGGCAUCCCAGAGCUCUCGCAUUAUCUCUACUACAAAUAUUUUUGGUUUCUUUUCUACACUUACGAGUGGCUGCCUUAUAAAAUUGACAUCAGAAAGCACAGUGAUUCGAAGUCAAUGAUUCGAAGUCACUGUGCCGUGGCCGAGUUCCUUGUUUCGGCUGUAAAUGAACUUGCCUAUUUCAAGAAUAAGGCAGAAAAGAAGCCAGAGUUACUCUAUUUUCGUGACAAGGAGAUAGGAAAUGCACUUCAUUUUGCACCAUCACAAGGUAAUGCUGAAGAAGUUCGGUUCCCGUCAAAGGAACUUAGUGCAUCUGAAAGCAAUGAAGAAGGCAACUUACCCAUCCUUGUUGCAUGCAUAAAGGGCCAUGUUAAAGUAGUAGAGGAGUUGCUUAAGCAGUGGUCUGAUCCAAUGGAAUUUGUCAAGCACAAAAGGCAGAACAUUCUUCAUGUCGUUGCCGUAAAUGGACAAGAAAAAGCGGCUCUUCGCAAAGAGUUUGGAACACUGCUUAUGAAGGCUGCAGAAUCAGUCAACGACUAUUUUGGAAGAACUCUCAUUAUUGCUAAUAAAAUGAGAAUUCAUGGAGAAUGCAUGAAGGACGUGGUGAUUAUUGAGAAGAUAUUACGGUCUAUGACUCCGAAAUAUGACUAUGUUGUUUGUUCUAUAAAAGAAUCCAAUGAUUUGGAUAUUUUAUCCAUUGACGAGCUACAGAGUAGCUUGUUGGUUCAUGAACAGAGAAUUAGCCGUCAUGUUGUCAUCGAAGAAAGAGCAUUGCAAACGACUUACGGGGCACAACAAGGAGGAAGAGAUGGUGGUAGAAAUAACUAUCGUGGACGAGGAAGAGGCAAAUUUGGUUUUGAUAAAACAACCAUAGAAUGUUAUAACUAUGGUGACCGAGGACAUUUUCAGUGGGAAUGUCCAAGGAAAGCAUGGGAUCAAAAGGUAAACUAUGCAGAGACGAGAGAAGAGAUGUUGUUGAUGGCUUAUGUUAAUUUGCAGCAAGCUGAAACAAAACAUAUAUGGUUUCUUGAUUCUAGAUGCAGCAACUAUAUGUGUGGAUAG